CAGUGCCUUUAGGCAUAUUCACCACCUUCUCACUUCACUUCACCAUCUCCGCCGCGGCCACCGCAGAUCCACCAUGGACGACGGCGACCGAAGAGCACUAGAUCUAGUCAAAGAGCUAGUACACCGCUUACUUUCCACUUCUCCGCCUUCCACCACCGCCGACUCCCACCAGUCCACUCCCUUAAACCCUAACCCUAUCAUACCUUCCGAUCAACAGUACCAUCAAUCUCUGAGAUACGCCAUUCGCAUACUCUCCAGUCGAAUGACACCUUCAAUUGCUGCAGAUGAGUCCGCAAUGGUGGAAUCCAUUAAGCGACGGUUAGCUACUCAAGGUAAAUCGUCUGAUGCCCUUACUUUUGCUGAUGUAUAUACCAAAUUCUCGUCGAAAACAGGACAGGGUAGUGUAAGAAACAAAUGGGCUGUUCUUUAUUUGCUUAAAACUGUCUCCGAAGACCGGAAAAUUCAAAAACACCAGUCUACUUCUGUAGCACCUAACGGGUUUCUAAGCUCUGCAUUGUCGGGUGGUUUACCGGAAUUGGUUGGAAGUGAAUCGAAUUGUAAUUUUGGGCUCAGAAAUGAUUGUUCUAUGGUUUUGAACACUAUGCAGGGUUACAAGGAUAAUAGUAAGGAUUCUAAGGGUUUGGUGAGUAAAUUGGGUAAAAUGGAGAAGGGCUAUAGUGAUGGUAGUUUGAGUGAUGAUUUCCAGAGUUUGAAUUGUGUAGGUGAUAAUUCGAGGGUUUUGAGGGCUAAAGGUGAAGUAGGUAAGGGAUGGAGUGGAGGUGUUUUGAUGGUUUCCAAGGAUCCGGAAAACUUGCGUGAUAUGGCGUAUAAGGAGUUUGUGAACUUGUCGAAGGAAGAAAAUGAGGUAUCUGAGGAUGUUUUGGUGAGGGAUGUGUUGUAUGCUUGUCAAGGGAUCGAUGGGAAGUAUGUAAAGUAUGAUAAGAAUGAGGAUGGCUAUGUGUUGCCUGAUUGGAUGAAAGUUCCAAGGGCUACAAGAAGUGUUGUUAGGAAGCUUUGUGAGCUCGGCUGGUUGUUUAGGAAAGUUAAAGGGUACAUCUCAGAGAGUAUGAAUCAAUUCCCUGCUCAAGACGUAGGCACAGUUGGACAAGCGUUUUGUGCUGCAUUGCAAGAUGAGCUUUCAGAGUACUAUAAAUUGUUAGCGGUGCUCGAAGGGCAGGCAAUGAAUCCAAUACCGUUGGGUUCAGAGGGGGCUUGUUCAGGGAAUUAUAUGUCUCUAAGAAGACUGUCAGUUUGGUUUGCUGAGCCAAUUGUGAAGAUGAGAUUGAUGGCUGUUUUAGUUGAUAACUGUAAGAGCUUAAAGGGUGGGGCAAUGGCUGGUACAAUUCACAUGCAUGCUCAGCAUGGUGAUCCACUUGUUAAUGAUUUCAUGAAAAGGUUAUUGCGUCGAGUGUGUUCCCCUCUUUUUGAGAUGGUGAGGAGAUGGGUGCUUGAAGGAGAACUUGAAGAUAUAUUUGCUGAGUUUUUCAUUGUGAGUCAACCUGUAAAAGACGAGUCCCUUUGGAGAGAAGGUUACCGGCUUCAUGCUGCCAUGCUUCCUGCUUUUAUUUCUCAGUCUCUUGCCAAACAGAUUUUAAGGACCGGUAAAUCAAUCAACUUUCUCAGAGUUUGUUGUGAUGAUCGUGGUUGGGCUGAUGCUGCAACAGAAGCAGCAGCAGCUGUUGGAACUACAACCACGAGAGGAAGUCUUGGGUAUGGCGAAACUGAUGCACUUGAAUCUUUGGUUACAGAAGCAGCAAAAAGAAUCGAUAAGCAUUUACUUGAACUUAUGCACAAAAGGUACAAGUUCAAGGAACAUUGUCUUGCCAUUAAGCGCUAUUUGCUUCUUGGUCAAGGUGAUUUUGUACAGUAUCUAAUGGAUAUAGUUGGUCCUGAGCUAUCUGAGCCGGCUAAUACUAUCAGCUCGUUUAAGCUGGCAACCUUGUUGGAGAGUGCUAUCACAUCAUCUAAUGCGCAGUAUGAUGGUUGUGAUAUACGCGCUAGAUUAAGGGUUAAGAUGAUGCCACAUAACACUGGAGAUAGAGGGUGGGAUGUCUUUUCUCUGGAAUAUGAUGCAGGUGUUCCUUUGAAUACAAUUUUUACGGAGUCUGUAAUGACAAGAUAUAUAAGAAUCUUCAAUUUUUUGUGGAAGCUUAGAAGGGUAGAACACGCGCUAACUGGUACUUGGAAGACAAUGAAACCAAAUUGUAUCACUUCCCAUUUCUUCUCCAAGUUGCCACAAGCUGUUAAGUUACAGUUGAUUUUGACAUCAAGAAAGUGUCAAGUUCUUUGGGACGAGAUGAAUCACUUUGUUUCUAAUUUGCAGUACUACAUCAUGUUUGAAGUUUUGGAGGUCUCAUGGUCUAAUCUUGUGAAAGAAAUGGAAUUAGCUAAAGACCUUGAUGAUCUUCUUGCAGCACAUGAAAAGUAUUUGUUUUCUAUUUUAGAGAAGUCUUUGCUUGGAGAACGUUCUCAGGAGCUUAACAAGACACUCUUUGUUUUAUUUGACCUGAUAUUGCGCUUCCGAAGUCUGGCAGAUCGACUAUAUGAAGGCAUUAAUGAGCUGCAAUCAAGGACUGCAGAAACAUCAAUUAACUCUCGUGAUAAAGUCAGAUCACGGGGAAAAUCAAAUGAUAAAUCUUCAGAACCAGGUUCAUGGCUCGGUGAAGGCAGAAAAGCUUUGACUCAACGCGCUGGAGAAUUCCUCAGAAAUAUGGGAAAUGAUAUGGACGUGAUUGGAAAGGAUUAUACAACCAUCUUUGAGGGCUUCAUUUCUCAGUUGCCCGUGCAGCAGCACAUUGAUUUGAAGUUUCUCAUGUUUAGGCUCAACUUCACUGAGUUCUAUAGUCAGCUACAGCCAAUUACAAGAGGGAAACUUUUCUAGUGUUGUGUCUAUUACACUUACUGAUUUGCAAUUGCUCUUUCAUCACCUGCAUCCAGUUAUAGGGAAGCAGAUCUAUGGGGACCUGCAUCUGUCGCAGAUGUUUCACUGGCUUCUGGAAGUGUUCAGCAUGUUUCCAUUAGUCAAAUCACUACCAUGCACACGAUGAAAGAUAGCUUCUUGGCCACCCUAACACAGGUCUACCAGUUUGCGAGUUAUUGCUUAACUUUAGGCGUCAUAUGGACUUCCCUUAAGAGUUUUUCUACGUCAAAUUCUCUCCAAUGUCAGUAUACAUUCACUGAUACGUUUCUUCCUCUUCAGAAGGGCACUUUCAGCUUCCAAGACGGGUACUGGUUGGUGCUUUCUUGAUUGAGGCCACGGGUAUAUUGAUGUUACUAACCAUCAUGAUGCUACAUUGUAGUUCUGUUUGGGUUUCUAUUUGUUUGGGUUUUUUUGUUCUUUUUUGGCUGCUAUAGCAAGCAGCUCGAAGCUUGUAUAUCUGUAAUAUAGUGUUUGUUCUUCAAUUGGUAAAA